AUGAAAGAAUUAAGCACCAUUAAUUAUCUGAUAAAAUUUUUUGUUAUUCUUCCUUGCGUACUUUCUCAAUCAUUAUUGUUAAACCUAGGUGUGGGAGAUGCACAGGAAAGGAGGAUUUGUACCAAAGAAAUACCAUGUAAUUUCAGAAUGGUUGCAGAUUUGGACUUGAAAUCAAGACCAAAGAAUGGGGAAAAGAAUUACAAAAGUUUGUUUCAAAAAGGGUCAAUUUUACAGGACCAAAAAGGUAAUUAUAAAGUGAUCUGGGGAGAAAAAUUGGAACUGAAGAGUGGAUAUAAUGAGUAUGGCCGAGGGAUGGAAUUGAGUGAAUUGAUUUCAUUUAAUGGAAUGAUGCUUGCUGGCGAUGAUCGGACUGGCAUCAUUUUUGAAAUAACCGAUGAUGGAAAAGGGGUUUCACCAAGAUAUAUAUUAUCUGAGGGUAAUGGAAAAACAAGCAAAGGAAUGAAGAUUGAGUGGUUAGCCGUAAGAGAUGGUGUACUAUGGGUUGGCAGUUUUGGAAAAGAGUUUGUUUCAAAUGGAAUUAUAGAAAAGAGAGAUAAUAUGUGGGUAGCCACAAUCGAUAAGAGGGGAUAUGUUUCACGGUAUAAUUGGAGUUCUGUUUAUGAAAAAAUUAGGAAUUCACUAGGUGCACAAUAUCCAGGCUAUUGUAUCCAUGAAGCAGUAAUUUGGAGCCAUUUGAUGAGAAAGUGGAUAUUCUUACCAAGAAGAGUUAGUUUUGAAGAAUAUGAUGAAGAAAAGGAUGAAAAGAGAGGUUCGAAUAAAAUGAUAAUUAUGACCGAUGAGUUUGAGAUUUUGGAAGUUAUAGAUGUCGGAUUGAUUAUACCUGAAAGAGGGUUUUCUUCUUUAAAGUUUCUCCCUGGGUCAUUUGACCAGAUUAUAGUUGCAACAAAAAGCGUUGAAGAAUCAAAAUCUGAUACUCAAAAAUCCUUCUUAACCAUAUUCACAAUAAACGGGAAAAUUUUAUUAGAAGAUUCAGAGGUUCCUGGAAACUACAAAUAUGAAGGGAUAGAAUUUGUAUAG